AUGGAUACCACGGAGAAUAACGUGACAAAGAUCCACGAUCUCGUAUUGGCAGACCGCCGAAUGAAGGCGAUCGUGUUACCUCCUUUGGCGAAAUGGCCCUACGAAAACGGCUUCACCUUCACGACUUGGUUUCGACUGGACCCGAUCAAUUCUGUCAACAUCGAACGAGAAAAACCGUAUUUGUACUGGUGA